GCUCAAGAAGAAAUACGAACGAGAUCACGAGAUUGCCGCUCUCAAGAAUGCCUUGCCAGGCGAGGCUGACCCUAAUGCUGCAGCAGUGGGCCAGAGCAAGGACAAGAUGUUAGCAGUGGAGAAGAACAAUGAGAACAGGAGCUUGAAGACCAACCGUCUCUUUCCGACCCCGAACAAGCCGGAUCCCAUGCCACAGAAUUUGGCCUUCUUGUUCACAAAGAUCACUCCAGAGCAGAUGAUCUACAUGUGGAACGUGCUUACAGCGAUCUUUGCGUCGCAAGUUCUCAUGGUGAUUGCUUACUGCGGGGCUCUUGCGUCCUUCCCGGACUACUGGUGGACUUGCACGCUGUGCUUCGGCCUGCCUUUCUCGUACAUUGCCAUUCAGAACAUCUACAUCGACCACGAUGUGAUGCACGGGGCCACAUUCCCUGUCUACGAGUGGCAGCGCUUCCUCACUCACCCGUUUGCAGACUUUUUCAGCCUCCCAUGGGAAGAGUUCGUCCUGGAGCACAACAGGCAUCAUGCGUCCACUGUCGACUUGCUGAUCCAGGGUGAGUUCGGCUGGGAUCCCGAGGAGUUCCAUUACGCCCUGCAGCAGUGGGCUGGGCCGUGGGGCGCCAACUGGUACAAGUACCUCUUGACC